CAACUCGUACAUCGGUCAACUCGGUCCACCACCGGUUCACUACCAAUCAAUACGCCACCGGCUCGUCGAAUCCAAACCCGGUUCUUCGAUUUUCCGACUGAGCAACCCCCCAAAACGGCGUAGUUUUUUGUUUCGGUAUGACGUCUGGGACGAGGCUUCCGACAUGGAAGGAGAGAGAGAACAACAAGCGGAGGGAGAGGCGGCGACGAGCGAUCGGCGCGAAGAUCUUCGCUGGACUGAGGAUGUACGGUAACUAUAAGUUGCCCAAGCACUGUGACAACAACGAGGUCUUGAAGGCUUUGUGUAACGAAGCUGGGUGGAUUGUUGAAGAAGAUGGUACUACCUAUAGAAAGAUUAACAGUGGCCAGUAUAAGAAGGAAAAUGUCCAGACUGGAUGCAAACCAGUGGAACGUACUGAUAUUAUGGGUGGUUCAGCAUCAGCCAGCCCAUGCUCAUCAUAUCAGCCAAGUCCAUGUGCAUCUUACAACCCAAGCCCCACAACAUCGUCCUUUCCUAGUCCAAUCUCAUCCCAUUAUGCUGUCAAUUCCAAUAAUAAUGCUGAUCCUAAUUCCCUCAUUCCAUGGCUUAAAAACCUGUCAUCUGGCUCAUCACCGCCUUCCUCCAAGCUUCCCCACCAUCUCUACAUAGCUGAAGGUUCUAUAAGUGCUCCUGUUACCCCGCCAUUGAGCUCUCCUACUGCCCGAACUCCCAGAAUGAAAAGUAAUUGGGAUGAUCCAACUGUUGGCCCAGCCUGGGCCAGGCAGCACUAUGCCUUCCUACCUUCUUCCACCCCACCAAGUCCUGGUCCUCAGACCCCGCCUGAUUCAGUGUGGCUUUCUGGUGCUCAAACUCCCCAGGAUGGGCCAUCAUCUCCUACAUUCAGCCUUGUCUCAUCAAACCCCUUUGCCUUCAAGGAGGCGUUAUCAGCUGCAGGGUCUCGGAUGUGGACUCCUGGGCAAAGCGGGACAUGCUCUCCAGCAGUUGCAGCUGGUUUUGACCCAACAGCUGAUGUUCCAAUGCCAGAUGUGAUUUCAGCUGAGUUUGCAUUUGGCAAUAACACCAAGGGGCUAGUGACGCCAUGGGAAGGAGAGCGGAUUCAUGAAGAAUGUGUCUCCGAUGAUCUUGAGCUUACUCUCGGGAACCCUAGCACAAGGUAA